AUGUGGAAUAUACGUAUCUAUUCUCUGACUUUGCUGUGCAUUAGCCACGUCCGACUUAUUUUGACUGACUUCGCCGCUCCUUCUCCGCGACUGGAGGAGUACCUGGUGCGAAUGAUUAGUCAAGGCAAACUCAUCUGUACCGGCCUCAUUGUGAAUCGGCAACAGGUGCUAACAGCGGGGUAUUGCAAGCCAGAUCAUCUUACGGAUCACAUCGAUCUACUAUUUUCGGAUAAUUCCAUUAACACCAUAAAGAACAUCACUAUGUCCGAACAUUUCGCAGCCGAAGAAGCGAGUGAUCUGCUAAUCCUGAUCGAAUUAAGCACCGAACUAGGGGAAAAGUAUUCCAAUUUGCCACCCAUUUGCAGAGAACGUCCUCCGGUUACCGAUAUGGUAGAGCAUUGGAGUUGGAACUCGGAUGGGCGGGAACUGCAGAAAAUGUUGACGCCACAGUCGUCAACUUUGGAAUGCCGGCGUGAAAUCAAUGAUCCCGAUGGCUUCAUCAUAGGCAAUGACACCGUCUGCCUUAGGAACAAGAUGGUCACCAAUGGAUGUGUUAAAAAUUUCGGAAUGCCCUUCGUGUGGCGAAACUCUUUCUGCGGCAUUAAUAUCCUGGCACACAAUUGUCAAAUCGAUGGCAAUACGGACAUCUUUGUUAGACUGCUGAAAAGUUAUUAA